AUGGCUCUCGCGACGACGUCCUUAGUGACCCGGACAGUCGCUCUUUCAGGACCUUCCUCCCUAGUUUCAGCAUCAUCACGCCUGACUCAGUCAAGCGCUUCAAACAUGUCUCGUGGAACCUGCAGAGAUCACCCCUCCAUUCAUAAACCAGCACCAGCACCGGCUGUUUUCCGCGGAUCGGUUUCAGCCACUCCCCUGACCGCCGUCUGCUUCCCCCGCUCUGCGUCUCUUGCUGCUUCCACCUCUGCCAAGGCUGCUGCCUCGCUUGUUGCCGAGCCUGCGCAGGAGCUUCGGGGUGCUGGGCCAGUUGUGGUGGUAGAUAAUUAUGACAGCUUUACCUACAACCUCUGCCAGUACCUGGGCGAUCUGGGUUGUGAGCACGUGGUGUACCGCAAUGAUGACAUCACCAUAGACGAGCUGCAGAAAAUGGAUCCCAGAGGCGUGCUCAUCUCUCCAGGCCCGGGCACGCCAGACGACUCGGGCAUAUCGCUGGACGUGGUGCGGCGCCUGGGGCCCACUGUGCCGCUCUUUGGCGUGUGCAUGGGGCUGCAGUGCAUGGGACAGGCAUAUGGGGGGCGCAUAGUGCGGGCGCCAGGGGGAGUAAUGCACGGCAAGACGUCGCCUGUGCUGCACUCCAUGGCAGACAGUGACUCAGGCCUGCUCGCCGGACUGCCAAGCCCCUUCACUGCAUGCCGGUACCACAGCCUGGUGAUAGACAAGGACACGUUUCCUGAGAAUGAGCUGGAGGUGACUGCAUGGACGGAGGAUGGGCUGGUCAUGGCUGUGCGGCACAAGAAGUACACCCACGUGGAGGGAGUGCAGUUCCACCCGGAGAGCAUCAUCACGAGCAAUGGCAAGGAAAUAGUGGCCAAUUUUCUCAAGACCAUGGAUCGCUACUGGGCACACGAUCUAUACAAGCGCAUCAGAUCCUAUCUCGUACUGACCGCCAUGGGCUUUUUCACGCUCCUCUUUGGGGAGGACGCCGAUGUGUUGGGAGCAGCCAUUACCCGCUGGACCAUCGAGGAUUUCGAGAACCGGUAUGAGCAGGGCCUACGUGGCAGCAUCGCAGUCACGGAUGAUUCUUCUUCCACGUCCGACGUGGCAGCAUCAACGACUGUGGACAGCGCCGUUCCGACAGCCCGAAACCCUCAAGGCUCCCGGCAGCAUGCAAUAACGCAGGGACAGCAGACUCAUCUGCUAUCCCACUCAUCCGCCGCAAGAGAAGCCUCGGCACGCAAGGCCCUGCCCAUGUAUCCGACGGUGGAGCUGAGGGAGCUGGCGGAGGCGGUGGGGCGGGACAUCAUGCGCGGCAAUCCCGAGGUGACGUGGAGCAGCGUGAAGGGGCUGGGCGGCGCCAAGCAGCUGCUCAAGGAGGCCGUGGUCAUGCCCAUCAAGUACCCGCAAUACUUCACGGGUCUGCUCGCCCCAUGGAAGGGCAUUCUGCUCUUCGGCCCUCCUGGAACCGGCAAGACAAUGCUGGCCAAGGCAGUGGCCACGGAGUGUCGCACCACAUUCUUCAACGUCUCUGCCUCCACGCUCGUCAGCAAGUGGCGCGGCGAUUCAGAGAAGCUGGUGCGAAUGCUGUUUGACGUAGCACGAGCCUUAGCCCCCUCCACCAUCUUCCUGGACGAGGUGGAUGCCCUCAUCAGCCACCGUGGGGGUGGCACGGGGGAGCACGAGGCCAGCAGACGGUUAAAGACGGAGCUGCUGGUUCAGAUGGACGGGCUGAGCAGCUCAUCGGAUCUGGUGUUUGUGCUGGCCGCCACCAACCUGCCCUGGGAGCUCGACACUGCCAUGCUUCGCCGCCUCGAGAAGAGGAUCCUGGUGCCUCUACCCGACUCGGACGCCCGCAGAGCCAUUCUCUCUGCACUGCUGCCCCGCCCAUCCAGGGCUGAGCACACAGGCACACAGGUGUGCGCACGCACACGUGUUCACAGUGGGGGGAUUGGUGGUGCUGCAGAGGUGUGUGUGGAUGGUGCAGGGGCAAAAGAGGGUGGAGGAGAAACGGCUGGCCGUGGCAGUGUGGAGGGUAAGUGGAGAAGGGCUAACGGGGUGGUGGCGGUGCAAUCUAAUACCUUCUCUAAUAGCUUCUCUAAUAGCUUCUCUGAGAUGCCCAAUGGCUGUUCUGGAGUGCCUCAGAAUCUGAAGGGUGCUAACGCGGUGGUGACGGUGCAAGCCAAUGGCUGUGCAGAUAGCAGCUGGUGUGUGGUUGCGCAGAGCAAGGAAAUUGAGGAGGAAGGAAGUAAGGAGGACGACGGGGGGUGUGGCGGAGAGUGGAGAAGAGACGAGCAGAGAGUGAGGGAGCAUGAGCAACGGAGGGAGGAGGGGGAGGAGGGGGGGGAGGAAGCAAGGGACAAGGAGAGGGAGGUGGAAGAGGACAGGGUAUGGGAGAAAGUGUGGGAGGAGGAGAUUGAUUUAGAGGGCGUGGUGGCGGCUACGGAAGGGUAUUCAGGUGCUGACAUGCGGCUGCUGUGCAAAGAGGCUGCCAUGCGUCCCUUACGCCGCCUCAUGGCCCUCAUUGAUGGGAGGGAUAGAGGCAAUACGGGGGCGAGGGGAGAUAAGGGGGAUGCGGGAGAGAGGGGGGCUAUAGGGGAGAGGGGGGAGAUGGGAGAGAAGGUGGGUAUGGGGGGAAUGGAGGGGAAGGGGGGGAAAAUGGACGGGGUAAACAGAAGUGGGAAGGAGCUGGAGGGGACGGAGGGAGAAGGGGGCGAAUAUGAGCCUCAGCCUGAGCAUGUGCUUGGGCCAAUCACGCGGGAGGAUAUGCAGAUGGCGCUGCAAGUGACCAAGGCGCUCGGUAGGGUGCAUGCUGAUAGCGAGAACCUUGGCAACAAUACUUGGGUCAAAGCUGAGGAAUCUGGCCGAGCUGAUACAAACCGCAUUUCUCGCCGCAUGUGCCGUCCAAUACCCAUGGCUUCACCUGCUUGUCCAUCCCCUGCUUUUCACAUUUCCCGCGCCGCCGACCCCUCUCUCGCAUCGCGCUCGUCCUUCCGCUGCGCGCCGCCCACAUCAUUGCUCCCAGUUCCGCAGUCCGCGGAACCGAGAAUCCAACGGCUAUCGCUGUCCAUUCGAUGCGCAUCGGACGGCGAGGAUGGAGGCGGAGGAGGCGGGAGCAAGUCUCGACUGGGAAGCAUCAUCCGACGAAAGCACGCUACGGUGCAGGCGCGGCUGCAGCAGUUGGGGCAGGACGAGGUGAAUCGCCGUCUGGAGGGCGCAGUGCGUCUGCACCCGCCCGCGCAGCUCACCGACCUGCUGCUGCGCCGCGCAGAGGGCGCGGGGGGCGGGGAGGGCGAGUGGGGCGCGGAGGGGCCAGGGGGAGCGGGGGGACGCACGGCGCUGGUGGUGGAGGUGGCGCGCGCACGCCCCUCCGAGUCCCCUGAGAGCCUUGCCAGGCGCUGCCAGCAAUACGUCGCCCUUGGAGCGGACACGGUGAUGGUGUGCUGUGAUGAGGAGAUCUCCCCGGAUGGCCUUGCUGACGUCAGAGCUGUAUCCAGAGCACUUCCUGGAGUGCCAAUCAUUGUAAAAGACUGGAUGCUACAUCCCAUCCAGGUGGCAGAAGCAGCGGAGGCAGGAGCGGCAGCCUUUCAUGUAGUGCACGGGGUUUUGAAUAAAGCCACUGCUCCAAUGCUCGCCUUUGCCUUUGGACUGGGAAUUGACGUGGCAGUAGAGGUGGUGAAUCUGGAGGAAUUGAAGCGACUAGAGGCGCUCGCCAUUCCCCUAUACGGUCUCAACCUCUCCGUUGGGCUCGCGGUCUCAGCACCAGGGUUCAGACAGAGCGUUGCCAAGUCGCUGCUCUCCUCCAUGCCCUUCGGAGCUGCUGUGCCUCUCGUUGGCGCCUCAUCAGUGGAGGACGUUCGGAUGAUGAAGGCAGCAGGUGCAACGGCGAUUGUGCUCAAAAGGGAGGUGUUCAAAGGGAUGGAGGGCGGUAGCACGGGGUUGGGAGAGAGGGAGGAGAAGGCCUUGCAAGACCUGUUUGAGACUCUCAAUUACAUCUUGACUGGCGAUGACUAA